CUGAGGUGCCAGUACUGGUGAUGGUGACCCCCAUCAACGAGUUCUCCCCGACCUGUGUCCCCCGAACAUUCCGGGUCCGAGAGGAUGCAGGGCCCCGCACACUGCUGGGCUCCGUGGUGGGCACGGACACGGACUACCCGCACGGCAGCAUUGAGUACCACACCCCCGGCGGGCCUGCCACCUUUGCUGUGGACCGGCUCAGCGGCGAGGUUCGCCUCCUGGGGCCGCUGGACUAUGAGCAGCAGAGGCUGCACAGGCUCGCCGUCCUGGUGACCGACCACAGCCAAGGCCCGGGCCCGGCUCAGCCCCGCUCCGGCUCCUGCACUGUGGCCAUUGAGGUGGAGGACGUGAAUGACCACGCCCCCGAGUGCGAGCCCCCGUUCCAGGAACUCACCAUCCACCCUUCCCCGGGCGGCGGCAUGGAGGUGACCAAGCUGUCAUGUCGGGUGCCACAGGAGCCACAGCGCCAGGCCUUCUCCUACAGCCUCGUGGGAGGGAAUAGUCAGGGCCGAUUCCGCCUGCAAGGAGCCGCCCUGCUGCAUGACGACCGCCUGUUGGGGGCCCCCCCGCCAGAGCAGCCCCAGACCUAUGAGCUCUUGAUCCGCGUGGCCGAUGCAGGUCCCUCCACCCCCCACCUCAGCACCACAGCGACGGUCAUUGUGCACCUGGUUCCCUGGAGGGCCAGCACCGUGGCCACCAGCACCAGCAGAGCCACAGUGCCUCCGGCGAUGACGCCCCUGCUUGUGACCCGCACGGAGCCUUUCUGGCAGCCUGAGCCCUGGUUUGUGGUGCUGCUGACGGUGACAGCCGCCUGCUUCUGGCCCUGGGCUGGCACCUUCUGCAGACAUUCUCUAGGGAUAAGAGUGCUACAUGGCCCCCCACCGUCCCGUGAAUAG